AUGGCUUUGAGUAGUAGUGUUCUUUGUCCUUUCCUUUCUUCUUUUCUUGUCCUUUUUCUUUACUUCUUCUUCUUCUUUGUCCUUUUUCUUUACUUCUUCUUCUUCUUCUUUGUCCUUUUUCUUUACUUCUUCUUCUUCUUCUUUGUCCUUUUUCUUUACUUCUUCUUCUUCUUCUUUGUCCUUUUUUUCUUUGUCCUUCUUUGUCCUUUUUUUUUGUCUUUUGUCCUUUUUUCUUUUCCUUCUUCUUCUUUGUUCUUUUUCUUUUUUUUUUCUUUCCUUUUUCUUUUCUUUAAAAAACUUCUUCUUCUUCUUUGUCCUUUUCUUCUUUUUUUCUUUCCUUCUUCUUCUUCUUCUUCCUUUUUUCUUUUCUUCUCCUUUUUUCUUUUUUUUCUUUUCUUCUUCUUCUUCUUUGUCCUUUUUCUUUACUUCUUCUUCUUCUUUGUCCUUUUUCUUUACUUCUUCUUCUUCUUUGUCCUUUUUCUUUUUCUUCUUCUUCUUUGUCCUUUUUCUUUACUUCUUCUUCUUCUUUGUCCUUUUUCUUUACUUCUCUUCUUCUUUGUCCUUUUCUUUGUUUUGUCUUUUUUGUCCUUUUUUUGCUUCGUUUCUUCUUCUUCUUUGUCUUUUCUUUGA